AUGGGUCAGAAUCAGCAAAUACAGACAAAUGAAGAAGAACUGGAGUUAACCAGCAUCCAGGACCUCUACAAGUCAUUCAUCAUGGAGUGCCCCAGUGGAUCUUUGUACCUGCAUGAGUUCAAGAGGAUGUUUGGAGUACAGAACGGUACACCUGAAUCACAGUACAUGGACAGCAUCUUCCGAGCAUUUGACAUGAAUCGCGACAACACAAUGGAUUUUAUAGAGUACGUGGCCGCAAUUAAUCUUGUUCUGCGUGGGAAACUCGAAGAUAAGCUGCGGUGGUCUUUCAAGGUGUUUGACAGCGACAGCAACGGCUAUCUAGACAGAGAUGAACUGCAGAAGAUUGUUAUGAUAAUCUACAAGAUCAAGAAAGGUUCAGUGUCUGAUGGAACAGGAACAGAAAACCUCACUGCUCAGCAGGUGUGUGAGCACAUCUUUCAAGUGGUCGAUGUGAACAGUGACGGUCACAUUACGUUGGACGAGUUCGUCCAGGGGGCUCAGAGGAGUGAGUGGCUGCAGAACUUCCUGCGACUGGAUGUCAAUCCCAGCAGAUGGGUCCAGAGGUACCUGUGUGACAGGAAACUCAUGUAUCCCAAAGAUUCCUGA